AUGGCGGAUGCAGCAGUGGAGUUCCUGCUUAAUAACCUCAAGGAUCUUCUGGUUACCCACUCCCAUCUAAUCACCGACACCAGGAAUCAGAUCGAGUGUCUGGAGAAGGAUCUUCGCCUCCUGAACGCCUUUCUCAAGGACUCGGUGAAGAAGCGGAUAACUGAUGAGACUACAAAAGUGCUGGUCCAGAACAUUCGCGAUGCCGUUUAUGAGGUGGAAGAUGUCAUUGACGCCUUCAUUACCAAGGUCAUGGAGAGAAAGUCCGAGUCUGGAACUCUUAUGUCUUUCAUCAGUUCAUUUAAGCCUUCUGUCGAUCUCCACGGCAUCGUCAGAAAGGUCGAGGAGGUCAGCAAGAAGGUCGAACGGGCAAGGAGUGAAUUCGUCAACCUCAGAAUCGAUGAAGACAGAUUUGAAACGCUUCAGGUUCGUCUGCCAAGAGAGAAGGAUGUGGUGGGAUUCGCAGAUGUGACUGAUGAACUAAUAAGUCGUUUGACUGAAGAAACCGACUACUUCGAUAUCAUCUCUCUUAUUGGUAUGCUUGGCUUGGGAAAGACGACGCUGGCAUGGAAGGUUAUGAAUGAUCCAAAAGUCAUCUUGCGGUACCCUACGCGUAUAUGGCUUUAUAUAUCUCAAGAGUUUUCAGACAGGGAAAUAUUCGUAGCUAUUCUGAAAGAGAUGGAUAUUGUACCCGGUGAUAUAAAUGAAAAGAGAGUCGAGGAAUUAGCCAGGAUGGUUGCCGCUGCACUCGAGGGAAAAAGUUUCCUCAUUGUCAUGGAUGAUGUAUGGAGUCGGGCUGACUGGGACAGACUCCGCAUUGCUCUGCCGCAUGGCAAUAAAAAGGGUAAAGUAUUGAUCACCAGUCGUAUGGAGGAUGUGGGCAGGUAUGCUAGUAACCCAAGGGAUCACCACGAGUUGCGUUUCUUCAAAGACGAAGAAAGUUGGGAGCUGCUCCGGUUAGAGGCACUCCACCAGAGGGAAUGCCCUUCCGAGUUAACAAGUGUGGGGCAAAUGAUUGCAAAAGAUUGCAAAGGAUUGCCACUUGCAGUAGUAGUCAUAGGAGGCAUCCUUGCAACAAUGUUUUCAGCUUCAAACUUAAAUGCAACGAUGAGAGAUUGGGAGACGGUGUCCAGUCGGGUGAGCGCAUAUUUUAGUGAUGACCCGGCUGAUCGCAUGAAGAAAUUUAUAUCUCUGAGUUACGCAAACUUGCCUUAUCACUUGCGCGCAUGCUUCCUCUAUUUGGGGAUGUUCCCUGAAGACUAUGAAAUCCCAGCAUCGAAAUUGAUCCGCAUGUGGAUUGGAGAAGGCUUCAUACAUCAAAACGAUGAUUAUAGCUUGGAGGAGACUGCACAAAAGUACUUGGAGGAACUUAUCAACAGAAACUUAGUCAGAAUUGACAAGUUUAAGCCUAAUGGCAAGGUUAAAACAUGCAGGAUUCAUGAUGCCUUACGUGAUUUCUGUCGAAUUGAAGCUGGAAGGGAAAAUGAAAAUUUUCUCCAAGAAAUCAGGUAUAAAGGAGGAUUUACACCUCCAAUUGAUGAUUUGGGUAAAUAUCGGCGCCUUUCUGUUCAUUCCAAUUGCUUGAAUUUUAUAUCUUCAAAACCUUCUGGUCCUCGUGUCCGCUCAUUCGUUUGUUUUCCCAAGUAUGAAUUUAUAUUGCCCUCCGAAUACAUUUCACACAUCCUUGAAGCUUUCAAAUUGCUCAGAGUGUUAGAUGUUAAACCCAUCAAAUUUACCAGACUUAGCAGUAACAUGUACAAAUUGGUUCAUUUGAGGUACAUUGUCUUGUCGUUCAAUUUGGACACUCUUCCUUCAGACUUCAGCCUGCUUUGGAACAUACAGACGCUUAUUGUUCACACGAUGUCUCGUACACUGAAGGUUAAAGCAGAUAUAUGGAAGAUGAAUCAGUUGAGGCAUUUUAAGACUAAUGCGUCAGCUACCUUGCCCAAGCCAAGUAAAAACAUUAAACAUAAUGCAGAGCUUCAAACACUCGGCACAAUUUCAGUGGAAAGUUGCACGGCCGCAAUUCUCGUGCAAGCUUGUAACUUGAAGAAAUUGGGCAUUCGUGGACGACUAGCCUUCCUUAUGGAAGGACAGGUUCAACCAUUUGAUAGGUUGGGGGAAAUGAAAUAUAUCGAAAAGCUGAAACUAAUCAAUGAUGUAUAUCCUAGACCACCUUCUGUAGGCCAAUUGGAUGCCCUUCCUCAUCCUUACCAGUUCCCAUCUAACCUUAGGAGCCUUACACUAGUUGCUACUUUCCUCGAUUGGAAUUGCAUGUCUACCCUUGGAUUGCUACAGAAGCUCGAGGUGCUCAAACUGAAGGAUAAGGCGUUUAUGGGAAGUGACUGGGAGACAGUUGAAGGAGGCUUUCGGCAACUUGAAUUCUUGCACAUUGAAGAGACAGAUUUAGCUGUUUGGAAUGCUUCAUCUCAUCAUUUUCCUAGACUCAGAAGCCUUGUGCUCAAGAACUGUGACAAGCUUCGGGGAAUUCCAAUUCCGAUGGGUGACAUAGCAAGUCUCCAAAUGGUGGAGCUGUACAAUAGUGUAUCUGCAGUAGCCUCAGCCAGGGAUAUUCAGGAUGCAAAAAAAGCCAGAGGCUGUUCAUUCAAGCUCUCAAUUUUUCCUCCUCUGAAAGAUUAA